UUAGCAUAACCGUGAAACUGAGCUGGAAAAGGAUUUCAGUGCUAGGGAAUGAAGAACAGAGGAAGGCACAAUGCACUCUGCAAAGCCUUUCCAAUAGAUACGAUUCCUGAUAAUUUCCUCUGGUCUGAAUGGUAGACUCAUACCUGGUCCAUCUUUGGCUCGAGUACAAAAAUAAGAAUGCUUUUCCUCCCCCCUCGGUUCCUGAUGUAUGACUUUGUGGUAGUGCAAAGCGGUCAGGGGAGCGGCCAAAAUAGCUGCUGAGUGGGAGGGAGCAGGUACAAGGGCAGCUCCUGUGUGAGGCCGGGCCCUGCGGCACAGUGCCUGUGGCUGGGACUGACCCUGCCGGGGAUGUGCCGGACCCACACCGCUUCCUCUUGGGCCCUUUUCCCAACUGUCACAACUCAAAUCCCAGAGAUGCUGCAGCUCUGGGCUGGGGACUUCCCCAGCUGGGCGACGGCUGAGCCAGGGGGUUCGGAACGCGUGGAGCAUUGGGGCCAGCGGGGGCGGUACGGCACAGACUGGGAGCCAAGCACGAGACCCGAUCCGUACCAACCCAUUACACGGGCUCCGGGUUUUUGCUGCAGCCGCCUCCAGCGCUCCGGCUCCAGCCGCGUUCCGCCGCCCGGGUUUGCUUUACCGCUGCGGGCGGAGGCUCCGGCUCCGGGCCGGCGGGCGGGGAUCCGGUGCCGGGUUUUGGCCGGGACCGUCCGGGGAAGUUGCCGAAGUUGGGCAGCGAGUGCUGGGUCGCGGCGCGUCCUUCCUGCGGCCCGGCCGGUGCAUGAUGGAAGCAGCAUGGCCGCCCACCUCUCCCUGACACAGUUGUCAAGUGCAAAUCCUGUGUAUGAGAAGUUCUAUCGACAGGUUGAUUCUGCUAAUACUGGAAGAGUGUUAGCUUCUGAUGCAGCUGUUUUCUUGAAGAAAUCUGGAUUGACAGACUUGGUACUUGGAAAGAUUUGGGACUUAGCUGAUACUGAUAGCAAAGGAAUCUUGAACAAACAGGAGUUUUUUGUAGCUUUACGGCUUGUAGCAUGUGCGCAGAAUGGAUUGGAUGUUUCCCUGAGUAGUCUCAAUUUGCCUGUUCCUCCACCAAGAUUUACUGAUACUAGUAGUCCUUUGCUGCUCAGUGGAACAGCAUCAAGUGAUAUACCAUGGGCUGUUAAGCCAGAAGACAAGGCCAAGUAUGAUGCUAUUUUUGACAGCCUAAAUCCUGUUAAUGGACUACUGUCAGGAGAUAAAGUGAAACCUGUACUCCUCAACUCAAAACUGCCGGUGGAUAUCUUAGGACGAGUGUGGGAAUUGAGUGAUAUUGACCGAGAUGGAAUGUUGGAUCGUGAUGAAUUUGCAGUUGCCAUGUUCUUGGUGUACUGCGCGUUGGAGAAAGAACCAGUGCCAAUGUCCUUGCCUGCAGCUUUGGUGCCACUAUCCAAGAGAAAACCUAUUAGUGUUCCAGGAGCAAUGCCGUUAAUUCCUUCUUCAGCAUCUUCCAAAGAUUCUCAUCAGUCCUUGCCACCUGUAGGCAUUUUAGCUGCCAAAGCACCAUUAACACAGUGGGUUGUAUCGCCUGCAGACAAAAUUAAGUAUGAUGAGAUCUUUGUGAAAACUGACAAGGACAUGGAUGGAUUUGUGUCAGGUGUGGAAGCCAGAGAACUAUUCUUGAAGACAGGACUGCCUUCUGCUCUGCUUGCACAUAUCUGGGCUCUGUGUGACACAAAGGACUGUGGGAAGCUUUCCAAGGAACAGUUUGCUUUGGCUUUCUACUUAAUUAAUCAGAAAUUAACAAAGGGCAUUGAUCCACCUCAAGCUCUGACUCCAGAGAUGAUUCCACCUUCAGACAGGAGUGUCACAUUACAGAAGAAUGUUCAAGGACUGAAUUCUGUAGCAGAUUUUUCUGCAAUUAAAGAGCUUGAUACAUUGAACAAUGAAAUAGUAGACCUGCAGAGGGAAAAGAAUAAUGUAGAACAAGACCUGAAGGAGAAAGAAGAUACCAUCAAACAGAGGACGAGUGAGGUCCAGGAUCUACAAGAUGAAGUAAAACGGGAGAGCAGCAAUCUGCAGAAGCUGCAAGCUCAGAAACAGGAAGCUCAGGAAAUCCUUAACGAUCUUGAUGAGCAGAAGGCCAAGUUGGAAGAGCAACUUAAUGACAUCAGGCAGAAAUGUGCAGAGGAGGCCCACUUGAUUGCCAUGCUGAAAGCUGAAAUAACAAGCCAGGAGUCAAAGAUUUCAGCAUAUGAAGAUGAACUGACCAAAGCUCAAGAGGAGCUGAGUCGUCUGCAGCAAGAAACUGCAGAGCUUGAGCAUUGCAUAGAGUCUGGGAAAGCACAGCUGGGACCUCUUCAGCAACAUCUGCAAGAUUCACAACAGGAAAUCAAUUCGGUGCAGACAAAACUUCUUGAGCUGAAAGAACUGGAAAGCAACCAAUUUAGUUGGCACUCUCAGCCACAGACUGUACUUGUUAACGGAACAGCGGAUCAUUCUAGUCUUAGCAACAGCAGCAGUGAAACUGCGAACCUUAAUGAGAAUGCUGAAAGGGAAAGCAUAGCUGAAGAUGAACAAAUAAACAAUGUAUCCCCAACAAGAAAUAGUCCUGAAACAGCUGCUGCAGAAGAAGACAAAGAGACUCCAUCUGCAGCUGUUACGAGAAAAGAGGAUCCAUUUGAUGCUGAAUCUCAUCCGUUGCCUGAUAUAGUUUCUGAAACAAGCUUAGAGUUCUUCCAGUCUGACCCUUUUGUUGGCAGUGAUCCCUUCAAAGAUGACCCUUUUGGGAAAAUUGAUCCCUUUGGUGGUGAUCCCUUCAAAGGCUCAGAUCCUUUUGCAGCUGACUGUUUUUUCAAACAGUCCUCCACUGAUCCUUUUGUGACUGCAAGCACUGAUCCAUUUAGUGCAGCAAGCAACAGUAAUAACACCACAACAGAGAUACCGAAGAAAAAUGAUCCUUUUGCUCCUGGUGGAACAACUGUUACUACGUCAGAUGAUUUAGCUACAGACCCCUUUGCCUCUCUGUUUGGAAAUGAGUCCUUUGGAAGUGGCUUUGCUGACUUCAGCACGCUGUCAAAGGCCAACAAUGAGGAUCCCUUUGGCUCUUCCACAUCAGGCUCUGUCAAAAAUGUGGUCAUAACUAAAAACUCAUUUGAAGAGCCACCAGCCAAAAAUGAGGACGUUCCUCCUGCAUUGCCCCCUAAAACUGGAACUCCCACAAGGCCCUGUCCGCCACCUCCUGGGAAAAGACCUAUCAAUCAAAUAGACUCUUCAGAUUCCUUUAAACCGAGCGAUCCAUUUCAGCCUUUUCCCACCCCAGAAAUUCCCAAAGAACAAGAAGCAGAUCUAUUCUGUGAUCCAUUUGCUCCCACCAGCAUCGGUAAAGAGGCUGACCCCAACAAUUUUGCAAACUUCAGUACUUAUUCUACUGAGGAAGACAUGAUUGAAUGGGCUAAGAGGGAAAGUGAGAGAGAAGAGAAAGAAAGAUUGGCAAGACUAAAACAGCAAGAGCAAGAAGACUUGGAACUGGCUAUUGCACUCAGUAAAUCUGAAAUCUCAGAAGCAUGAAUUUUAGAAUAAGAUGUUGUCAUAUGUCAACUGUUUUGUCCCUUUUCCUGAAUACCUAACCUAUUUAAAUGUUAAUCAAAAGAUUACAUAUAUACAGAAAAAUUAAGAAAGGAUUUAAACUUUUGAAAGUGGUGUGUUCCUGCUAAAUUCAAUCCUUUUGGUUAUUUUUAUUGUUUGAAUAACUUAAUUCUAGCAUUCAAUUUCUCUCAAGUUUUCAGGAAAAUAAGGAACUUUUCCCAGAUGUAAGCAAAUCAGUUGAAAAUGCAGAAAAUGAGACAUUAGUUUGACUGUAAUCUGUCAGCAGUUGGUAAUUGAGCAUAAAGUGAACACAGCAAUUAUUCUGCCAUGGCUGAUUGUCUCCCAUCAAGCAGUUAGUCAUUGGAAACCUCUUAUCCUUCUAGAAAGAUUUUAGUAAUGCCAGACUUGUGGAGUGCUUUAUUUUAUAUGUAUGCGUAUAGAUUUUUUUUUCUCUUCAUUGAAGAUUCUGUUUGGAUUUGAAAUAACAAUCUUCAUGGAGUCUAAGGCAAAAAGAGUGUGUCUUACAGAAACCUUUAAUGCUUUUCUUGCAUGGGCAUAGGUUUUAAGACCAGUUACUUUGUUUUAUAAAGCAAUUAAAUGGAAGAUUCGUGUGCAUUUGCUGUUGGCCAAGAUGACUGUCAAAUAACAAGGCCCCGCUGCUGUUUGAGCCAGUUUUGCCUGUGAAAUAUGCAGAUAAGUAAUUGGCAAAAUUACUUGCCCUUUAACUGGCAAGUUAGUAAGUUGAAAAUGAGAUUGAGAAUAGAAAGAAAAUGUUGUCUGAUUUUUUUUCAUUUUUUUUAAAGGUUGCUUUUUUCCUGUAUGUGUAAUUUAUUGAAUGCCAACAGAUAGUUGCACCUUAAACUGAAUUAUUUUUUUUAUGGUCACUGAGUGGGAUUGAUAUGAUUUUAAUGAGAAUAACUUAAUAAAGGUAACUUAUUGUUCACUUUGAAAGAACUCCAUUCUGGAGAAUUGGUUUAAUUAAAAUAAUUCCAAAAAUAAUCUUUUGCCCUAUCUAAGAAAAGUGGAUGGCAGCAGCAUAAGCAUCAAGAGAUUUUUAUUUCUUUCUUGCACUUUUAACUUGUGGUGUUUUUGUUGAGGAAAUGGAAAUGUUUCAACACACAGCACUGGGAGGAGGAGUUGAACUCAGCCAUGCUUCAAUACAUUUAACCUCUUCCUAUUAUCUGCCAAUGCUGCUGUUGAAAGAAUUUAAUAUUUUCAGUUUUUCAGGAAAAUGGGUAACCGGACUGGGAUGUUUUUUCUUUUGCACUGGGAAAUGAGCAUUUAAACACCUGCUCAAAAAAGGUAACUUAAAUUUUUGCAAGGAUUAAAUAGUUAAAACUUAUCUAUACAUCUUUGUAAUGAGUGUACACUAAUCUUGCAAAUCAUGCUUAACUGGAUUACAUAGUUUCUUAUCUUUUGUUAAAAAAUGUAUACUCAGUGGACCAACACAAUAUUAUUAUGUAUAUAUUAUAUAUAUAUUCUUGCUUUCCUUUAUGGAAUUUAAAAGUUUUGAGUCAUUUGAUGUUACAUUUCAUGUUACUGACUCUGACUAUAGUACUUUUACUCAGACUACCAACAAACCACUGCUGUGAGCUAAAUGGCAUUACUUAUGAAGUUUUAACUUUUUUUAAAAAAAGAAACUUGUUCAGGUGGGAUUAGCUUCUAUUUAUAGACUUCCCUUUUGUUUAAAAAUUCUAACAAUAGCCUGUAAUUAUGAAGAAAUAAAGUUUAAGUACAGAAGUGUGAACUGUUUGCCUAUUUUUUCAAAAGGGUGCGGAGCUGUAAAGUAACAUGCAAAUGUAAUGUGAACAUUGGAAGGUGCUCUGUUUGUAGUCUGAUGGGAGGUGGUUAAUUUUCCAAGAAACAAGCUGCUUGAAUGGUGGAGUUAGCUGAAAUGCAUAUUAAUCCCAUUUGUCACUUGCUUCGUUAGGAGCCAUGGCAGUUUCAAUGAGAAUUCAUGCUACAUCUGCCUCAGGAUUUUUGCCUGCACAAGGUUUGCAAUGCUCAAAUGUUACAUCCUUAGUAUUCCUUUGUGAAGAUAUGUCAGCAUAUCAUGUGCUCUCAAUGUAAAGCACGUUUUCUUGGCUUGGUAAAUCUUUAGUUGACCCAGAGUAUUCUUCUCAGUGUGGUGCAUCACAUCUUCAUGUCAAGAUGUGGAUGUAGACUGCUUGGUCAGCAGUUCGAGCAGCCUUUUAUGUCUUGAUAUUUCUGUUACAGCAGUGAUCAAUACUAAUGUACUCAUCUAAGUGGCCCAAAAUAUUUUUUUUCUGGUUAUCUUUUUAAUGAUGCAUCAGUUAGAUUAGACAAUGUAAUAUUUUCAUUAAUUUCAUCAGAUUCAUACACAUACUUGAGGUUAUUUGCAAACAUCUGUGGGCUGUUUUUUUUUCUUUUCAAAUCCUCUACCAAGUUCACAUCUUGGACAUACUUUUGCCUCCUACUGUGCUGCUUUCAACCUUGUCUUCCCUGCAAAUUUUGAGCUGUCCAUGUGAUUCUAUCAUGAAACUGAAAGUAGUUGCUGUUCGUCUUGAAUAAUUUGAUAUCCUUUUCUGUCUUUGUCUAAUUUACUGUCUUCUGAGGUUCUGUCCUGUAAAAGUUCAUUGAAUUCACAGCGAACCAUUGCACUUUUUAUUUAAGAUACUAUCUAAUGUUUAGCAGAUGAAUUGGCCACUUGACAGCUACAUUUCCAAUGCAAAGUAACUUAAGAAAUUGUAUCAGUGGCAUGUACUGGGGAUUAAUGUUAAAUAUCUGUUAUCACUGCCAAGUACUGACAGAAUAAAAUGGCAAUAAAGGUGCUUAAUAAAGGACCUGACAUACUGAGUUGA